AGAAUAUUAUGAUACGCCCGGGCUCAUCUAUGAGUAAAGCGAAAUAAACAAAAGUCUCUGCUCCAGCAGGUGGAGGAUUGGCUGUAAAAGUAGUUGAAUAAAAAAUGCCAACUCUUGAGGAUUAUGUAAAAAAUAGGGAUUGGGUUGGAGCAGUUGCUCUAUUGGAAAAUGAAUAAAAGUAAUUUUACAAUUAGAAAAAUAAGCUUUAAUGAUUCACGUGCCGAACCCAAGUUGUGGCUAGCCUACGCAUAUUUUCACAAUGGAGAUUAUAAGUAAACCAUUUAAUAGUUAUUCAAUUAGAAAAGCAAUUUAAGUUUACGAUCAAAUGAUGAGCAAACCUGACUACAAUAAGGAGAUACAUGUGUAUAAAGCCUGUUGCUAUUAUGCACUUUGCUAAUAUGAAGAUUCAAAAAGAGAAUGCUCAAAAGGACCAGAAACUCCUUUGGCUGUCAGAUUGUAAUAAAAUUUGAGAUAUAAAGAUAAUUUCAUAUUGCACAUAAAAAAAAUGAUGAAAAGAAUCUUAUGACUUAUCAUCAUAAGAUAUCUGAAAAUGUGCAUGAUUAAUUAUGCCUAGCUGCUAUUCAUUAUUUAAGAGGACAUUAUGAGGAAGUAAUUAAUUUUGAUUAUAAAACUUCAGGCAACGGAUGCAUAUAAAAAACUAUUGCUAGAGAAUCGAGAAUAUACUGCUAUUAAUGUUUAUGUGGCUUUGUGUUAUUAUAAAAUGGAGUAUUUUGAUGUUUCAAUUGAAAUCCUACAGUCUUAUUUAAAUCAAUAUCCUACAAGUGUUACUGCUGUGAAUUUGAAAGCAUGCAAUUAAUUUUCAUUAUAUAGCGGUAAGGCAGCUGAAGAGAUAAUGAAGCCUUUACAAUAAGCUUAUGAGGGAGGAAAUGUUUUCACUGAUAAUGAUUUAUUAAGACAUAAUUUAGUUGUGAUGAGAGGUGGAGAAAAUGCAUUAUAAACAUUGCCUCCAUUAGUUGAAAUAUUUCCUGAAGCCAAAUUGAAUCUGAUAAUUUACUAUUUAAAAAACGAUGAAUUUGAGGAGGCAUUCAAUCUAGUUAAAGAUAUCUAACCUACUUCCCCUAAAGAAUAUAUACUUAAGGCAAUAGUAUAUGCUAUGAAGGGUCAAUUAAAUCUAGAUUAAAAAGAAGCCUUAAAAACUGCUCAAUAAUUAUUUUAAUUGGUAGGAUCAUCUGCUAGUGAAUGUGAUACUAUUCCAGGAAGGUAGUGCAUGUCUUCAUGUUUCUUUUUAUGCAAGUAAUUUGAGGAUGUGUUAGUUUACUUAAAAUCAAUAAAAAAUUACUUCUCAAGUGAUGAUGAUUUUAAUUGGAAUUAUGGAAUUGCAUGUGCUGGAGUUGGAGAUUAUAAGGAGGCUGAAGAUGCACUCGUUGCAAUAUAAGCUGAGAAAUAUAGAGUAUUAAUUAUUAAAUAAAUAGUCCGAUGAUUGUUACUUAAAAUGGAUGACAAGAACCUUCAUUAUGAAUGGAAAACCAAAGUAUUUUCAUUAAUUCAUUUUAUAGAGAAGCUUGGGAAUUGUAUUUGAAUAUGGAUCCUUCUUCAGAGUCUUUCUAAAUUUUGCAACUUAUAGCUAAUGAUUGUUAUAAAAUGGGUCACUUUUAUUAUGCUGCAAGAGCGUUUGAUAUUUUGGCUAGAUUAGAUUCGGAUCAUGAAUAUGAAGAUGCUCUCAAAGGAUCUGUUGUUGGAGUAUUUUAAAUGGUUAUUGCAUCCAAAGCCACCUUAGAUCAAUUACUUGAAGUAAUGAACCUAUUAACUACUCUUGGAGACAAUCCUUAGGUUGAAUACAUCAUUACAAUUAUUAAGAAAUGGGGAAAGUAAAAUAAUUGGAAAAUCUGA